AUGUCGAACCAAAGAACUGACGCUGAAAAAUAUCAGAGUAAGAGCCUCCCCAACUCGUUUGCCUGCCACAAGACAUGCCAUAUUUGAAACAUCUAUAUUUUCUAAACUGACUGAGUGACAUUAUUUUCUCUCGAAAGGGGGCUGUGCAAAGACCGAAGAGGAGGAAACCACGGGCUCCGAGGAGGAUCUGGGUUCGUCUCGUGGCAGCGGCGUGUGUAAAUGGUUCAACGUCCGGAUGGGUUUCGGGUUCCUGUCCAUGACCAACCGAGAUAUGACACCGCUGGAGGAGACUGUCGAUGUAUUCGUUCAUCAGGUGAGGUCUAUUGUGGGACUGGGACUCGAAGAGUGUGGUGUUGAUGUUCGUCAAGGCCUGUCUCGAGCUCAAAACAGGUCCGAGGGGUUCUCUUGGCGCGUUUUUUGUGCAAGUGUAUGUCUUAAAUUUAUCAACAAUGUAAAUAUCCCACUUUUGUGAUGUUUUCGUUAAGGUAGUUAAUUAUUCGUUUCCCUCCGUGAUUGUGCAUUUUAGGCAUUUUAAUUUAUCGAUCAUGCAAUUAUAUAGGCCUAUCGAUAAUUGUUUAUAGUGCUUGAAAAAACACUUUCCUGCACUCAUUCAAAACGAAUUUAUAGUUUAUAUGUUUUCAUAGCUUAUAUGUUGGGCAAGAGGCAAUAUUACUUUUAAUCUCUUUUAAACAUUUGACAACAUUAUCUUGAAAUAGUCAGCUGAUUCUAGUUUGAGGAUUGACUAAAAUAGGUAGGUCUAUUUUUCAGCAGUGCAUUUGGUUAAUGUUAUUCUUACAGACUGAACAACUCUUAUUAGGCCUACAUUCGUUUAUUACUCAGUUAUAACUUAUUAUGUAGCUAAUAUUACCAAAUCGAAACAAGCAUGAUAAAUAAAGUCAAGUAGCUUUAAAAACUAAAAACAAGAUUUUGUUUAUCUUAUGUUCAGAUGAUAUGCCAUCAAUGCUAUAACUGGAAUCAGAGGCCCAUCAUCUUUAUAGCCUGCAUGAGAAACUUAAUGUUGUUGUCAAGAAGUGACAUGUAAAAUAACCUCUCUAAAGUAAGAUAUAAGCCAGCCAAGAACAAAAGUACUUGGUUAAUUGAUCAGUUGUUGCAUCUGAUUAGGCUUCUGAUUAGGUGUUGGUUCUCUUGGCGCCUUUAGAAAAUUUGGUAGCCUUUAGAUAAAUGUAUUAUCAUAUUGCUCUAAAACUAGCUAAUGAAUGAAACAUUUACAGACAAAAAAAUAAAAUUUUCAUGGUAAUAGAUUGUUUGUAUUUGGUGUUUUAAUAAACCUACCAGAAAAUGAAAUGUAUUGAAUGUGAAUAUUGGUUUUGAAAUACCAACGGAUGCGUUCAAUAUUUGAAAAAAAUAUUGACACAUUUUUUCCACACAAUCUUUUAAACACUUCAGAGUCACAUUUAUUUCCAAAAAAUUUACAAAGGCAGAUAAUGAAUGACAGGAAAUGUUGGGGGAAUAAGUGUUUUGUAAAAUGUCGGAAUUAGGAGUCAUGUACAGUAUAGCCAAGUUAGUAAAGCCGGAGGGAAAAUCUAGUUGUUGUUUCCAAUAGAACGCUAAGCAUCCUAAAGGACAGCCUAAUGACUCCAGGGUUGUUUUGACAAAUGAACCUGGAGAUUAUCAACAGGCCUGAGUACCAUAAUGUCCAAUGCUGUCAUCUCCACCGUCCUUCCUGAGUUAAGGUAGAGGUCUGAGCUACUUCAAGGUAGAGUUUGGGCAUGACAUUUAAUACAUGCUAAACAGGGGAGAUUGACUUACAUGGGGAAUUGGUCUGAAAGUGCUAAUAUUAGCAAAUGGACAUAAAAGGAGCAGACAGAGAGACAGGGGUUAGUCUAAGCAGAGAUAACAAGGCUCAUUCCUCUUAGUCCCCAUCAAACCCUGCUUCCUGUUAUAAAGUCCUUCAAACAUCAGGGGAGUUGGCCUCUUAUGUGGCAGCCCACCCACCCCAGACUAGCCAUACCCUGACUCCCACCUACCCCAGACUAGCCAUACCCUGACUCCCACCCACCCAGCCCCUCUGCCCGUAGCCCCAACCUAUCCAUCCACCCUCCCCAGCCAUCCACCCCCAGCCCUCUGCCCUCUGUAAACCUGGGGGCUAAAGACCAAAGUCCUCUCCUCAAAUUUCUCUGCUCCAUGUUCCUGUACAUUGCUUAAUCUAAGGAAGAAAACAAGUGAUUCACCCAUAAAAAGGUUAUCAAACACCCACAUUACCAGUCCCCUAAUCCACCUCUGCCCUCAUACAGGCCUGUAGGGGCUGCUGGACAAUGGCUGCUACUGUCAAUGUAACAGAGAGGAAAUCCUGAUGGCUGUGAUCUUGUAUUGUGAUCUUGUACUAUCUGUGAAUAAUCUGGCUAAUCUGUGAAUGAAGAGUGUGUGGUGGUAAGGUUGUGUGUGUGUAUGUGUGUGUGUGUGUGUGUGUGUGGGGGGGGGGGGGGGGGUAUAAGUGUGUGUGUGUUGGGUGUGUGAAAGAGAAUGAGCUUGACAGAAACUGAGAGAGAAAGAGAGAGUUUGAGACCUGUGUUCAUUCACAAGAAAGCAGUUGAGAGAGGGAGAGGUGGGGUGGGGGUGAUUGAAGGAGGAGAGGUCAGGGGGGUCAGGGGAUAGUUCCGGCCCAUUCACCUCCUGACGGGGGUUGGGACUGGAGGAAGGAAUGCUGAAGGUUGUCAGGCCAUCAUGACCUGGAUUCCUUUCCCACCAUUAUCACUUCAAACCCCCCAGAAGAGAGACGGGUGUCUGGGUUAAGACUGAUGACAUGCAAGGGCCACAAACUGACCCUCCACAUCACAGCCCUCUCACCAUCAAAUGCUGCUCCACAACAUUUUAAGAUUGGCUUGGGGAAAAAAUCUAUGAGCAUAGUAUAAUCUGGGAAACCAGCCCAGUAUCAUAGAAUAGACGUAACAUAGUAAAUGUAAAUCCGGGACACUCAAAUUAGGAUAAUAUGUUACGUUUGGUAUACGUUUGGGGGGCAGGUAGCUUAGUGGUUAAGAGCGUUGUGCUAGUAACCGAAAGGUCGCUGGUUCUAAUCCCCGAGCCGACUAGGUGAAAAAUCUGUCGAUGUGCCCUUGAGCAAGGCACUUAACCCUAAUUGCUCAUGUAAGUCGCUCUGGAUAAGAGCGUCUGCUAAAUGACUAAAAAUGUAAAUGUAAAUGGUAUUGUUACAGAAGGCAGAAGGUUACUGAAGGCAAAAACAGAGCAUUUCAUAUUAUUAUUUACGUAAAUCCGAGACACUCCAUUUAGUAUGAUAUGUUACGUUUCGUAUGGUACAGUUGAAGUCAGAAGUUUACAUACACUUAGAUUGGAGUCAUUAAAACUUGUUUUUCAACCAAUCCACAAAUUUCUUGUUAACAAGCUAUAGUUUUGGCAAGUUGGUUAGGACAUCUACUUUGUGCAUGACACAAGUAAUUUUUCCAACAAUUGUUUACAGACAGAUUAUUUCACUUAUAAUUCACUGUAUCACAAUUCCAGUGGGUCAGAAAUGUACAUACACUAAGUUGACUGUGCCUUUAAACAGCUUGGAAAAUUCCAGAAAAUAAUGUCAUGGCUUUAGAAGCGUAUGAUAGGCUAAUUGACAUAAUUUGAGUCAAUUGGAGGUGUAGCUGUGGAUGUAUUUCAAGGCCUACCUUCAAACUCAGUGCCUCUUUGCUUGACAUCAUGGGAAAAUCAAAAUAAAUCAGCCAAGACCUCAGAAAACAAAAUGUAGACCCCCAUAAGUCUGGUUCAUCCUUGGGAGCAAUUUCCAAACGGCUGAAGGUACCACGUUCAUCUGUACAAACAAUAGUACGCAAGUAUAAACACCAUGGGACCACGCAUCUGUCAUACCGCUCUGGAAGGAGACGCGUUCUGUCUCCUAGAGAUGAAUAUACUUUGGUGCGAAAAGUGCAAAUCAAUCCCAGAACAACAGCAAAGGACCUUGUGAAGAUGCUGGAGGAAACAGGUACAAAAGUAUCUAUAUCCACAGUAAAACAAGUCCUAUAUCGACAUAACCUGAAAGGCCGCUCAGCAAGGAAGAAGCCACUGCUCCAAAACUGCCAUAAAGAAGCCAGACUACGGUUUGCAACUGCACAUGGGGACAAAGAUCGUACUUUUUGGAAAAAUGUCCUCUGGUCAAAAAUAGAACUGUUUCGCCAUAAUGACCAUCGUUAUGUUUGGAGGAAAAAGGGGGAGCUUGUAAGCCGAAGAAGACCAUCCCAACCGUGAAGCACGGGGGUGGCAGCAUCAUGCUGUGAGGGUGCUUUGCUGCAGGAGGGACUGGUGCACUUCACAAAAUAGAUGGCAUCAUGAGGAAGGAAAAUUAUUUGGACAUAUUGAAGCAACAUCUCAAGACAUCAGUCAGGAAGUUAAAGCUUGGUCGCAAAUGGGUCUUCCAAAUGGACAAUGACCCCAAGCAUACUUCCAAAGUUGUGGCAAAAUGGCUUAAGGACAACAAAGUCAAGGUAUUGGAGUGGCCAUCACAAAGCCCUGACCUCAAUCCUAUAGAACAUUUGUGGGGCAGAACUGAAAAAGCGUGUGCGAGCAAGGAGGCCUACAAACCUGACUCAGUUACACCAGCUCUGUCAGGAGGAAUGGGCCAAAAUUCACCCAACUUAUUGUGGGAAGCUUGUGGAAGGCUACCCGAAACGUUUGACCCAAGUUAAACAAUUUAAAGGCAAUGCUACCAAAUACUAAUUGAGUGUAUGUAAACUUCUGACCCACUGGGAAUGUGAUGAAAUAAAUAAAAGGUGAAAUAAAUCAUUCUCUCUACUAUUAUUCUGACAUUUCACAUUCUUAAAAUAAAGUGGUGAUCCUAACUGACCUAAGUCAGGAAUUGUGAAAAACUGAGUUUAAAUGUAUUUGGCUAAGGUGUAUGUAAACUUCUGACUUCAACUGUAUGUAUUAAUUUGUGGAUGUCCAUCAUCCAUUUCGUAUGAUAUGUUACAAAUGACAAUUUGAAUGCUAUGUUAUGGAUUUGCAAAACAUACAAUAUCUUAUGAAUUUGCUAAACGUAUGAUAUGUUAUGAAGUCCAAUUUGUUGUGGCUAACGUUAGCUAGGUGGCUAACGCUAACAUUUGCUAGCUGGCUAACGUUAGCUAGGUUAGGGGUUAAGGUUAGGGUUAAGGUUAGGAGUUAGGGCCUCCCGAGUGGCGCAGCGGUCUAAAGCACUGCAGUGCUUGAGGCAUCACUACAGAUCCGGGUUCGAUCCCGGGCUGUGUUGCAGCCGGCCACGACCGGGAGACCCAUGAGGCAACACACAGCAUCAUCCUGGUUACGGGAGGUUUUGCCCGGCCGGGAUGUCCUUGUCCCAUCGCGCUCUAGCGACUCCUGUGGCGGGCUGGGCGCAUGCACGCUGGCAAGGUCGCCAGUUGUACGGUGUUUCCUCCGACACAUUGGUGUGGCUGGCUUCUGGUUUAAGUGAGCAGUGCGGCUUGGCAGGGUCGUGUUUUGGAGGAGGCAUGUCUCUCGACCUUCGCCUCUCCCGACUCCGUACGGAAGUUGCAGCGAUGGGAAAAGACUGUAACUACCAAUUGGAUAUCACGAAAUUGGGGAGAAAAAGGGUUAAAACGUCUAGAAACCCAAAGGUUGCGUGUUCGAAAUCUCAUCACGCACAACUUUAGGAUUUUAGCUAAUUAGCAACUUUUCAACUACUUAGCAUGUUAGCUAACCCUUCCCCUAACCCUAACCCUAACCCCAACCCUAACCUUAACUCUUUUAGCUAACCCUUCCCCUAACCUUAACCCUUUAACCUAACUCCUAACCCUAACCUUAACCCCUAACCUAGCUAACGUUAGCCACAACAAAUUGGACUUCAUAACAUAUCAUACAUUUUGCAAAUUCGUAAAAUAUUGUACUUUUGGAAAUUCAUAACAUAUUGUACGUUUUGCAAAUUCGUCACAUCAUACGAAUUGUAAUUCGUAACAUAUCAUACGAAAUGGAUGAUGGACAUCCACAAAUGAAUACAUACCAUACGAAACAUAACAUCAUACUACAUUUACGUAAAGAAUAAUACGAAAUGCUCUGAGACCAGGUUGGCGAAACAGAUCAGUGUUACAUUCUGUGUCUCUGGAAGGUCUUGAACAAGGCAUGAUUCUUCACCUUGAGCUCUUUAGUCUUAUCCAUUUGGAACACUCAAUGGUAUCAAAUUAGUGUCAUACCUACCGCUGUUCAGGCAACUUGACAAAGCACAUGAAGAAGAUAGAACUAGGUGGCCAUGUAAUCCAAGCUUCCCUUUCCAGGGCCCCUGGACUAAGGGUGACAAUGGCAAGGAAAUGUCUUUCUCAAGGUGGACACAUACAUUCUUGAAACCAUUAUUUAUGUGCCUUUUGGGCAGCUAUCCCAAGAAUGCACACCUCCCCCCUCCUCCCUAAUUUUCCCAGCAUCCUUAGCAGUGGUCAGUCUGGGACUUGACCAGGUGGAGUUCUUUUGGAGAGUCUAUUGGCUGCUGUGUGUGGUGGUGGAGAGGAAGGGGAGGGGGGGUUGAAGUUUGGAAUGCUGUGACUAACUUGGGGGAUGGGGUAACACUGUUCACGCACACACACACACACACACACACACAUUCUGAAGGGGGAGGGGUGUAGUAAGCAAGCAGUUAUUGAUGUUUUAACAGGGCUGUCAAUGGGACUGGAAUCUGGAUUGGCUGAGGGCUGAGGUUAGAAUCUGGAUUGGCUGAGGGCUGAGGUUAGAAUCUGGAUUGGCUGAGGGCUGAGGUUAGAAUCUGGAUUGGCUGAGGGCUGAGGUUAGAAUCUGGAUUGGCUGAGGGCUGAGGUUAGAAUCUGGAUUGGCUGAGGGCUGAGGUUAGAAUCUGGAUUGGCUGAGGGCUGAGGUUAGAAUCUGGAUUGGCUGAGGGCUGAGGUUAGAAUCUGGAUUGGCUGAGGUUGGCCCCUGAGAGUGCGUGAGAGGGCCUGGAUGUUUCCAUUGAUGUAUUAAAACCUAUGCAGAACGCUGAUGUAUGCAUGUAUGACCCCAAUUAAGGAACAGUUCUUAGCUGUAAUCACCUCAGAAGACAACAUGUGAAGGGGACCAGCUAUAUGCACAAACAAUGGCAGAGUAAAAUUCAUAAAAAAUAAAAAUAAAAUAAAAAUAACAUUUCAAGUCUUUUUGUCUCUGCUUCCUGACCAGGCUGGGAAUUGGGCUGGGAAACAAAUGCACACUCUGUAGCCACAGGAAGUGCAUCCUAUCUGGCCUCAGAACUGUUCUCCACAGUUCUUCACAGGCUUAGAACCGUUUUCAUAUCUUCUCAACAGUUCCCUGGCCAAAGAACCUUUCUCCAACCCUGACUACUCAUUCCCCAUUCCCUCACAGAGUAAGCUCCCGCUCUACCCUCACCUAGAACAGUUCUCAUGCCGUUCUAAACCAUUCCUCGACCACACUCAUGCUCCCUCUCAACCUUCACAGAGCAAGCUGGACAUGGAGGGCUUCUGGCCUUAGAACAGUUUCCUAACCCUGAUCCCUAACCAUCCAAUCCACCUCUCAACCUACACAGAGCAAGCUGCACAUGGAGGGCUUCUGGCCUUAGAACAGUUUCCUAACCCUGAUCCCUAACCAUCCAAUCCACCUCUCAACCUACACAGAGCAAGCUGCACAUGGAGGGCUUCCGUAGCCUGAAGGAGGGCGAGGCGGUGGAGUUUACCUUCAAGAAGUCGUCUAAAGGCCUAGAGUCUGUUAUGGUGACGGGGCCAGGGGGAGCACAGUGUGUGGGCUGUGAGAAGACACCCAAGGGGCAACAGAAACGACGCUCCAAGGGGGACAGGUGAGACAGUUAUUUAAAUGGCACAUAGCCUAACCAUGCAUCUCUAGAUAUCCCCACUCACUCAAAAUAAUUCCAUGAUAUGGAAACACUGUAACACUCUGCUUAUACUAUUAAAUAUGAAGAUCGCUGCAAUAUUAACAAUGAGCUUAUCUGUAGCAUGGUUGUUAACAAAUCCUCUGAGGGUGUUGAACAUAUCUGGUAUCAUCAUCAUGAAAGUUGGCAAGUUUACCGUUUUAGCUACAAUGGUCUGACAUCAAACUGAUUUAUUUAUCCUCUUUGGUGGAAAUUCAGGACCUAGUUAUGCGAGCAUAAAUUGAACUUUAUUCCCUUUUUAUGCAUGGGGAAAAUACCAGUGCCAGCAAGGUACGCGUUUGGGGUGGAGAUCAAAGAAAUGGAGGUGUGGCGGAGGUGUGUCUACAGACACACUGUAUUCUGACCUUGAUUUAAUUCCCUAAUAAUUCCACCACCUUUACGUGCGAGGAAACCAUGAAUAAGGUCAAGCGUACCUGCCGGUUCCAAGUAGAAAAAGCAUUAAUAUAUUUUCUGAUAGAAAUAACAGCAUUCUCCAUACACUGUAAUUCAACCUGCAGGGAUUCAAUAAAAAGGCAAAGAGUCCUCUCUAGAAUGGUUUAAUCAUACAGUAUGCCCCGACUUUUCCUGUUUCCUUCAACUAGUAGGCUAUAGCCUAUGCUAUUAUUAGCCACUAUCGGUAGGGAUGGUAAGUAAACCAAGAGUGUGCAAAGCUGUCAUCAAGGCAAAGGGUGGCUAUUUGAAGAAUCUCAAAUAUGAAAUAUAUUUUUGGGGUUACUACAUGAUUACAUAUGUGUUAUUUCAUAGUUUUGAUGUCCUCACUAUUAUUCUACAAUGUAGAAAAUAGUAAAAAUAAAGAAAUAACCUUGAAUGAGUAGGUGUGUCCAAACUUUUGACUGGUAGUGAAUAUAUAGACUGUGCAACUCACUUUAUUUAUUUUUAUAGCUUGCAGUUCAUUCGCUGUUAGUCAACACCUCUACACUAAGUGAUGUUCUCUGUGUGUGCUCCAGCUCCAGCUUUUUAUUAGCCUAUUGAGUCUUAUGACAUCAGACACCACAUAGAUGUGAGUGUAUCUAACACUGUCUCUGUCUCUCUCGCCGACUCACAAACAUAACAGUGGGAUGCAGAAGUAAAGAGGAAAAAGGAUCCUAUUCAUUUAAACUCACUGACUCUCAAACACAAAAGUGGGAAUAGGGGAUGCAGAAAAGGGAAAAGGAUCCAUUUAAUUGAUACCAGAUGUAGGUGCCCUGAGAGAGGUCAUAGAUCAUGGCUGCCAUGGCAACAGUGGGGUGUGUUGUGUAAAUGAGGUGGGGGAAAGGCUAGGGGUCAGGGGUUAGAGGUCAGGGUGCAGUAUUGAAACAAAGAGCCCCCUCUACUCUCCUCUCCCACCCUGGUGCCCACACUGAUCAAUAAUCAACGGCGCCAUAGGAGAGGAGAGGGUGUGUGUAUGGUAGGGGGUUGGGACUCAGAGGCAAAGGGCAGAGGACAGAGGAAGGAGGGAAGUGGUAGUAAGCUUGGGGAGGCUCUGAUGCUCCAGGGCUUCAUCUGCAUUGGAGUUAAUGCAAUCACAAAAUCCCCCAUUGUUACUAUAAUCACAACAUCUACUGAUUUGAGAUUGUGUGAAAUGUAUGUGUUGAGGCAUUGGUUAUAAUGCACUAUACACCUCCUAAAAUGAUCACACACAAGUAUGCAGUAAAUAAACUAUGCAUACAUAAGAGGCAGUCAUACUAAUAAUGCUGAUACUUUCUCAAAAUUUACUUAAUCUUAUCAUAGAUUAAAUCUGAGGAAAUUAAACAAUCUGAAACUAAAUGUGGGAGAACACUGCCCUCUGGUGGAAUAAUAUGUUAACUGUCUGAAAUCAUUGUAUUAGUGUGAGUCCCCUUCUCCCAUUGUGUUCUAGAUGCUACAACUGUGGAGGACCUGACCACCAUGCCAAAGAAUGCCAGCUACCUCCUCAGCCCAAGAAGUGUCAUUUCUGCCAGAGCAUCAGCCACAUGGUGGCCAACUGUCCAAUCAAAGCACAGCAGUCCUUCCCUGGCUCUCAGGGAAUAGCAUCAUCAUUGAGGGAUGAGAAAGAGGAGCAGAGCCACGCCCCCUUGCUCCAGAGGGAGAGCACUGAAUGA